GCAGGGAGAGGGGGAGGGGGAGGAGUGGGUAAAAAGUUACUUAACCGAGUCCUGACCCUGACCGAUUCAAGAUUGUCAAAUAAGUAUUGCCGUUUUGAUUCCAAAUAAUUUAGGAACCAUUACAUAGGUCUUUCUUAAACUGUUUGUUUUGAAAAACGCUGAGCUGAAGGGAAGAUAUUUUCGACCGAUUCCAAUGCUGUCAGUCAGAGGCGAGGCCUGUUUACAUUUCCGAUCGGAAAGAAAACAGAGAACUUGGUCGCGGCAGACUUGGCCGGGUUUGUUUUACAUCUGUCAGCACCGAAUAAACAAUCAACACAGGCACUCGUGGAUAUCUACACAUCAGGUGUUUAAUUACGCACCUCAUCAAGUUUCGUGCAAUCUAAACAUCAAUGUAACUGCGGGGUUAUCAGGCGAAAAACGGAACGCUCCUCGCCUCUUUAUCUUCCGAUACUGUUUGCUUUGGCUACGUUUUUUUUCGCCCAGUUUUGCCGGCGUACGAUAAAAAGCAAAGCUGUGCUGUUGAGUAAAAGUUUCCAACCGCCUGUCGUUUUCCACAUCAUGGAAUCGUGGCAUCACGGUGUCGCGACGUAUUUGAUUCUAAUCCCGUGAAGUUUACAAGAUUUAGGAGCUAGCUGGUUUUCCAUUGCGUAUCCUUCACCGACGUGGUAAGCCUCAUCUAACUCAACGUUUGCCAAAAGAUUUCUUUUCUGACGGAGAAAGACAAACAAAGCCCACGCAAAAAAGCAAUUUUUCAUCUGCGUUGUCCCAUUGAAAUUCGGACGAACUUUCUCCGCAGCUAGCAGAAGACACUUUCCAGUUUGCGAAGCUAAUGGAGAUGGAAACAGAGGAAUCGGGCUCGGCCCAAAUGGGGAAUGAUUUAUCCAAAGACGUUUACAACCCAGCUUUAGUGAGCAUACAAAGUGCGUGGUACUCUUUCAUCCUGACUCUUGGAGUGAUAGGAAAUAUUUACAUCAUACUAACAGUUUGGUGCCGCAAGGGAAUGUCUUCCACCAUCAACUUGUUCAUCGUGAAUCUGGCUGUCAGUGAUCUUGGGAUCUUAAUGAUCUCUCUUCCAGCCGAGUACAUCAAAGAAUACUUCGCGUGGCCGUUUAAUAAACUGACCUGCCAGAUUUUCAGCCCGCUUAACGAAGUGUUUUUCUGUGUCUCGAUACUUACACUCACCGUCAUCACUGUAGAGAGGUUUCGGGUGAUUUGCAGACCAUUCAAGCCGAGACUGAACGAGAGAGAAGCCAAGAUUAUCAUCCUCAUCGUCUGGUUAGUAUCAUAUCUAACCGUUGGUUUUCCGAUGUCGUUCCUGAUGGUAGUGGAAGAGAUCGCCAAUUGUCGCAAGUGCUUGCCUAUGUGGCCAAGUGACCUCCAUCGGCGAUUGCACACUUGUUUCAUCGCUUCUCUCAUAAUCGUGCCUUUGUUUAUUACGGCCACGGGCUACGCCGCCAUUGUAAAGAGCAUGAGGAAACAGAGCGCGCGGAUCCGCGCGAGAGCGAACUCCAUCUGUAGCGCGACCGAUACUUUUCGUAGUGACAUGUUCCUCUUACAACAGAACACAAAACUCAUCAAGAUGCUCCUGCUAAUCGUUGUUGUUUUCUGGAUUUGUAUGCUGCCUCUAACCCUGCUGGCACUGGCGAUAGAGUUUGGAAGCAUCGACCCAACCACUAAAACAGUCGAAGGGCUAUAUACCUUUAGCAUCGCGCUAUUUUUCAGUAACAGCGCUUUCAAUCCCAUUGCCGUCUACAUCAUGAGCUCAGAACUGAGGAAGGGAACUUAUGCUCUUUUUCACAGAAUUUCAAACUGUUUUAGCCGUUACUUUUGAACCUAACAUAAAGCAAAUAAGAACAAGUACGAUGUGUUAUCGUGCUCGAGAACAUCUAUUGUUCUGUAACAUGUUCCGGCCUAUAGCCGCUGUAGAUAAUCGCUAAGUGUUGUUACAAUUUCUUUCUGCUCGUGUUGUAGUAUAUACUCAGGUUUGUUGUUGCUGUUGUCAGAUGUAUAAAUUCUAUUGUAGGAACAGCCGUCAACGGCAAUAAAGAACGCUACAAACCACA